UGUAUCAACAGAGUAGUAAACAAUGAAAGAAGUGCUGAAAGCCCAGUGGAAGCUGAAAAGAGAGGCUCAGAAGGGGCCAGUAGAAGGAAGCCCAGGAAGAAGAGAGUCAUCUUGUCUCAGGGAAAGACCAGCCAUUUGAACAGCAGAGCAGGAGCCAGCAAAAGGGAGGCAGGCUUCUACAGUCAACAAUGUCAGAACUUAACAUAAUAGCUAGCACUGGUUCACACAAAGAACAGGAGCUGUAAGAAACCACCUGCUUUAUAUUCCACUGGCUGAACAGAGGAACAUAGCAUCAUGGAGGCUGAAGGCACCAAGGAGCAGCAAAAGACACAGGAGAUCAAUGGGCUGAAGCAGAAGGAAGAGUCAGGAGAUGCUCAGAUCAUACCAAAGGAAAAGAGUGAAUCAGGAAAAGCAGAUGGUGCUGGGAAAGAAGAUUCUGGAGAGAAUGAGGCAGGGAAAGCCCAGGCCACUGGAAAGGAAUCUGCUGGGGAGAACGAGACAAGGAAAGGAGAAUCUGCUGGGAAGAGUGAGGCAGAGAAAACAGAGAAUGCUAUGAAAGAAAGUGCUGGAAAGAAUCAAGCAGGAAAAGAAGAGAAUUCUGAGAAAGAGGCAAAGGAGGACAAUGAGAUCACCCAAAAAGCUUUGGGGAGUGAGGAGGUAGAGGAAUCUGAGACCAGAGAAAAAGUGAAAGAAGUCAGGGAAAGCGACCAAGCACAGGCUGAAGUGGUCCUGGGUGAAUCUGAAACAGAGCCCAAGAAUAGAGCUCAUGCAUCUGGAACAGCAGCAGAACCCCAGGAAAGGAAAGAAGAAAAAACUGAUGCUGUGGAGAAAAAUAGCAGCGUUUCCAGCAGAGAGGGCCAAACUGGCAGCACUUCCGAUGAGCCUCUCUCACCUGGAUCAGUGGAGGAAGAGGAAGAAUACUGGCCAGAAUUCUCUCCCAGUUCUCCUGAUGAGAGUCCACAAAGCCCCAUGGAGCUCAAGAGCGUGGAAACAGGCUGUACCACCUCAGGCCCAAGUGCGCCAGAAGCUGCUACUGGGAACACUACCAGCAAUGAAGCAGCUGCCAAAGGGAAUCAAGAACAGCAGCCACAGCCUGUACCUGAGGGGACAGCCAACACCAAGGAGAAAAGGAAGAGACCUGCAUUGGACAGAAGAGAGAUAACAAGGCCUCGGAUGCCGCCCAGAGCUCAGUCCCGCAAGGCCAUUGUGGAGAAGUUUGGAGGGGCUGCAGCUGGGCCUGCCCCUAACAUCAAGAGGACAGGAGGGGCAAACACUGUAAAGAACAUGUUGCUGGAAUGGUGUCGGGUCAAGACUCGUGGCUAUGAGCAUGUCGACAUCCAGAACUUCUCUUCCAGCUGGAGCAGUGGCAUGGCUUUUUGUGCCCUCAUCCACAAGUUCUUCCCAGAUGCCUUUGACUAUGCUGCUCUCGACCCAGCAAAUCGUAGAGAGAAUUUCACCCUGGCUUUCUCCACUGCUGAGAAACUUGCCGACUGUGCCCAACUUCUGGAGGUGGAUGAUAUGGUGCGCAUGAGUGUUCCUGAUAACAAAUGCAUCUACACCUACAUCCAGGAACUUUACCGCAGCCUGGUGGGGAAAGGGCUGGUCAAGACCAAGAAUAAAUGAGGAAGGAGGACAAACGUAUGCUUGAGACUAACUGGAAACUUGAGGAAUGUUGGGUGAAACAGGUGAGAGGGACUUCUUCACCUAUGUAGAGUUAUCGCCUGGAAAUUCUGGGUCACAAUGGACUUCUGGAAGUAUAGGUAUUCCUUAUAAUGAACCCAUUUUCCUUCCUACAGUGGGACUACCUCAAAGAUAUGUGCCUCAGAAGUCAGAUUUGCAAAUGAAGCCUGUAUUUGUCUUUAAAAACCAGUCAUGAGACAAAGCAUACUAAAGGCAAAUAUGUAGGUGAGGAUGA